AUAACUCACUUCCGAGCGUAGGACUAUUUUUGGAGUUAGGUGUGAAAACAAAAUGCAAGACAUGUCUGAUCCAAUGGAUCGGGGUGGAAGGCGUCGUAAAAGACGAGACAGGCCAGGGAGAAAGGUUUCCAAUGAGCGUGAGCGAGAAACAGAUCCUUCUCCCACCCCGUCGAGACCGCCAAUUAUUCUAGGACUUGUGAAACCAGCCGACCAGGGCUCACCAGUGAGUACUGUUGUAUCAGCCGCAUCUUCGUCAUCACUGGUCCCGAAGAUGCCAGAGAAAACAAUCGUUGUGCUGCGGUCACGUGACGAGAACCGCCCGUCUCCAUCGACAACCACUUCAACACAGCAAGCACUGCUUCCCACCCCAGGGGAGACAACUCCAACACAACCGCCAUACAACCAGCGCCAUGCAUCAUUUGGACAUCUUUCAUUUGAUUCCAAUCAGCAGAAUCGAUUAGCUGCGCCUCAUGAGAUGAAGAGAAUAGUCAACCUGAUAGACGACACGUUCCGCUGGUGUGAUACUGGAAUCGAUGUAUUACUAGAUCAGACAGAUUUCCUGGUGGUGGGUGUGGUCGGACCUCAAGGCAGCGGGAAGUCCACUAUCUUAUCACUGCUGGCAGGAACAUCGCCACAAGAUUCGUACCGUAAUUACGUGUUCAAGCCUCAGGUGAAGGAAGUACGAGAAAACGCAGGACACGAAACUAACGGAAUCGACAUGUUCGUCACCGCGGAGAGAAUUAUCUACCUCGACACACAGCCUGUGAUGUCUGCUUCUGUGAUGGACGACAUGAUUCACAACGAAAAGAAAUACCCAACUGACUACACCUCUGUAGAGAACUGUAUAGAGAUGCAGUCGCUGCAGCUGGCCACGUUUCUGAUGACCGUGUGUAACGUGAUAUUGGUGGUCGAAGACUGGUUCACCGAUCUCAACUUUCUGAGAUUUAUUCUGAAUGCCGAGAUGCUGAAACCAUCGACUCCUCUUUCAAACCACGACGGAUCUGGUUGUCAAGAUGAAGCUCCCGAUUACUUCCCACAUAUUGUGUUUGUACAGAACAAGGCAGGAAGGGAAGAUUUCAGCGUAGAAUCGUAUCGUACGAUGUCUCAGACUCUUCAACAGGUGCUUGCCUCUUCCAAGCUAAAACACAGAGGUUCGGUGUCGAUGGGUUCCGUGAUGCCAGGUCUCAUGCCAUCGACUGUUAACUCGGAUAUCAAUAUGUUUUGUCUACCCCACAUGGAAUACUACAAGACUGACCAAGACGCAAUCUUGAGUUUUUUACCCGAGUAUCGUGGCUGUCCCAGCUUCAGCUGUCUUCUCAAGUCUCUGAGGAACCAAAUCCUGGCCAUGCCCCGAUGUCUUGUCACCCACACUCAGCUGUCGGAGAAGAACUGGUUUCAUUACGCAGCCAGGAUGUGGGACACUGUCAGGAAGUCUCAGCUAUUGGCCGAGUACAACAGAUUGUUACCAUGACAACAGUUCAUAUUACAAAGUUAAUGUUUCAAGAAAAUUAAAGUUGGUUUCAUUAUGCCGACAGGAUGUGGGAUGUUGUCAGGAAGUCCCAGCUAUUGGCAGAGUACAACAGGUUGUUACCAUGACAACAGUUUGUAUUACAGUUAAUGUUUCAAGAAAAAAACAAAUGGUUCCCUAACAUGGGAAGCUGUAAGGAAGUCUUGGCUCUUGGCAGAGUACAACAGGUUGUUACCAUAGGUUGUUACCAUGACAACUGUUCACACUUUAAAUUUAAUGUUCAAGAUUUCAAAGAAAAACUGUUUCAUUAUGCGACCAUGAUGGUGGAUGCUGUCAGGAAGUCUCCACUAUUGGCAGAAUACAACAGGUUGUUACCAUGACAACAGUUCAUACUUUGUACUACAAAGUUAAUGUUCAAGAAAAUAAAAGCUGGUUUCAUUACCCCCAGGAUGUGGAAUGCUGUCAGAAAGUCCCAGCUAUUGGCUGAGUACAACAGGUUACCAUGACAACAGUGGGUACUACAAAGUUUAUGUUGAAAAAAAACAAAGCUUGUUUCAUUAUGCCUCCUUGAAUGUGAGAUGUUGUCAGGCUAUUCAGGUUGAAUACUUGAGGUUUACCAAGACAACAAGACAGGAACAUUUAGCAGAAUGUUACCAAAGUCUGUUUGGUGUAUGUACUUUCUGUAAGAUUAAAUUUCUCUCACAAAU